AUGUCAUGUCUUCCAGUUCCUAAGAACUGUGCUGAACUGUACAAAGCUGGAAAACGAACAAGUGGAGUUUACAAGUUCGACCCAGACGGUGCUGGUGCCUUUGACGUGUACUGUGACCAAACAACAUCCGGUGGGGGGUGGACAGUGUUCCAAAAGAGACUGGAUGGCUCGGUUAAUUUCUACCGCGGCUGGAACGACUACAAAAAAGGGUUCGGAAAUCUGAAUGGCGAGUUUUGGCUCGGACUGGACAAAAUUCACCGCCUGACAAAAACUAAAAACAAACUUCGAGUGGAUCUCGAGGAUUUCAACAGAAACACGGCUUAUGCUGAGUACAGCUACUUUGCUAUAACAGACGAGAGAAGCAAAUAUAAGCUGAGUCUUGGAACUUACUCCGGUAAUUAUAUUACUUACUGGAUUAAAAAUGGAGUUCGGGGAAACCUAAGGUAAUGCUAAUGAUUUUGGCAUUUAAGAAAUAAAGACUCACCACAGAGAUACAGUUAGUCCCACUUACAGUGAAGUAUGUAAUAAUCACACAGCUAUCAUAAAAUUAGAGUAAAGAAAAUUAAUAUAAUAUGGAGCGUUAGAGUGAUUUUACUUCGACUGACCAUGAAACGGAUUCAAUGCUUCCCGCUGUUUUUAGAUCUCAACCAUCGUAAAAUCAAUGUUAUGUGGAGAUACAUUCAAGGAAAUAUCGUUUCUUCCAAUUUCAUUUUCCAGGAAAUGCUGGUGACUCGCUAAGUUAUCACAAAAGCUCCUCUUUCUCCACUAAAGAUCGAGACAAUGACUUGGAGUCUGGUAACUGUGCUACAAGGUACAAGGGGGCCUGGUGGUACAAAUACUGUCAUCAUUCCAACCUGAACGGCCUCUAUCAUCGCGGAAGACACUCUUCAUAUGCUGAUGGUGUGAACUGGUAUCACUGGAAGGGAUAUAAAUACUCCGCUAAACGAGCUGAAAUGAAACUCAAACCAGUCAACUUCUAA